AUGCAUGGUGUGAAAAGAAGACAAUGGAAUCAAGAGCUUCUUGAACAAAAGAAGUUGAAUGAUGCUAAGAAUAUUAAUAAUUACAGGCGGCUGACUUCCACUAUCCUUGGGUUAAAGGAGAAGAAAGAGUAUUCAUUGGAUAACUUGCAGAAAAGUAAAGAACUAUUGAAGAUAAAUCCUGAAUUCAAUGCUGUUUGGAAUUUUAGAAGAGAUUCUAUCAUUGCCCUAAAGGAACAACUCGAAGCAAAAUUUUGGGAAGAGGAGUUGGAUUUUGUUAUGGCAGAAUUAAAGAUAUAUCCUAAGGUCUAUUGGAUUUGGGGUCAUCGAGUCUGGGUGUUGAAUAAUUAUCCAGGUUCCCCGGUUUCGAUUUGGAAGAGGGAAUUAUUGAUUGUCAGUAAACUAUUAGAACUUGAUGCUAGGAAUUAUCACGGGUGGCAUUAUAGAAGGAUUGUGAUCUCUAGCAUUGAGAAUAGAACUGGCGAGAGUAUGGACAAAGAAGAAUUUGAGUAUUCAUCAAAUAAAAUUAAUAAUAACAUUUCAAAUUUCUCUGCAUGGCAUCAAAGAGCAAAUAUGAUACCAGCUAUGUUUGCCAACAAUGAGAUAGAAGAUAAGAAAAAGUUUAUUGAUGACGAACUGAAAUAUAUUACGAAUGCGAUGUAUACAGAUGCUGAAGAUCAAUCCGUAUGGAUAUAUAUCAAAUGGUUUUUGAAUAGUGAUAUUGUCUCUAAUACUUAUACUACGGAAGAAUAUGUUAAAAUGAUAGACGAUGUAAAGCAAAAUAUCCUCAUCAUUAAUCAAGAUGAUCUCGAUUUCUCAGGGAAGGAAAACGCCUGGUGUUUAAAGAUGUUGAUAGUUAUAGAAGAAAUUUCUAAAAGAUUCGGUAGUCAAGAAGAAUGUAGGACGCAAGAGUAUGUUAAAAAACUAAUUGAAAUUGAUCCUCUCAGAAAAAAUAGGUACUUACAUUUACGAAACAAAACCUAG